UGCAACCCUCCCCCUUCUCCUUCCGUUACCCAGCGUGCGCGCUGCACUCUCCCUCCUCCCCACUUCUCUCUCGUGGCGACGGCGGCGACGACGACGACUGGGCGGCCGUCGCUGCCUCGCUACUCGCCAGGUUCCCAGGUCUUCUUCGGCCUCUUUGCUGUCGGCGAGCACCACCAGGGAACCAGGAUACUUCAGUGGUUUUGCAAGGAUGUCCUGGUGCACUAUUGAGUCUGAUCCUGGUGUGUUCACCGAGCUGAUUCAGCAAAUGCAAGUGAAAGGUGUACAGGUGGAAGAGCUUUAUUCUCUUGAUGUGGAUUCUCUUAGUCAACUGCGGCCAGUAUAUGGGCUAAUUUUUCUCUUCAAGUGGAUACCUGGGGAGAAGGAUGAACGGCUUGUUGUCAGAGAUCCUAAUCCAAACCUUUUCUUUGCACACCAAGUCAUCACUAACGCAUGUGCUACUCAAGCUAUUCUCUCAGUUCUCAUGAAUCGCCCUGAAAUUGACAUCGGUCCAGAAUUAUCUCAAUUGAAGGAAUUCACAGGAGCUUUCACACCUGAUCUGAAGGGCUUAGCUAUCAGCAACAGCGAAUCCAUCCGGACAGCUCAUAACAGCUUUGCAAGGCCAGAGCCAUUUAUUUCUGAUGAGCAGAGAGCCGCGACUAAGGAUGAUGAUGUUUACCAUUUCAUAAGCUAUUUACCUUUUGAAGGUGUCCUGUAUGAGCUGGAUGGGCUGAAGGAAGGGCCUGUAAAUCUUGGGCAGUGCGGUGGUGCUGAUGACCUUGAUUGGCUACGGAUGGUGCAGCCAGUUAUUCAAGAAAGGAUUGAGCGCUACUCACAGAGUGAGAUCAGGUUCAAUCUUAUGGCCAUCAUAAAGAACAGGAAAGAGGUGUACAGUGCUGAGCUGGAGGAGCUGGAGAAGAGAAGGGAGCAGAUUUUGCAGGAGAUGAACAAGACUGCCGCCACAGAAUCCUUGAACAACUCGCUUACAGAGGUGAUAUCGGCAAUCGAAACCGUCAGAGAGAAGAUGGUCAUGGAAGAAGAGAAGUUCAAGAAGUGGAAGACGGAGAACAUUCGGAGGAAGCAUAACUACAUCCCUUUCCUCUUCAACUUGCUGAAGAUGCUUGCAGAGAAGCAGCAACUAAAACCUCUGGUCGAGAAAGCCAAACAGCAAAAGUCAUCAAGCCCUAGCACAAGAUGAUGGUGAAAUGUCAUAGACUGGUAGCUUUUGCGAUGUCCUCUGUGAGCGCGUUAUCUUAUCGAACACAUUGUCUAGUUGGCAGCUUAGAGAAAUUAUUACCAAGGUUAUUGACCAUUGUGCACGCUGUGUUGUGUCAGCAGCUACGCCAUUUUUGCUGAGUACGUACGUUGUUGAAGUGGUCAAUUUUAGUCGUUUAUUUAUUUUGUGUCAGGUUAAUUGUGCCAGUGGAUUAUAAAACGCGUUGAAGGCUGUGGAUCGUUUUUGGUAAUGUUUUUGAGAUA